AUGUUCGCACUGACUCCCUGUCGUCGGAUCGCGAUAUCGCAGUCAAAGUGCACCAAGCGACGCAUCAAAUGUGACCGGAGUAUCCCGAGUUGUCGAAAAUGCACCAUCAGAGGAUUCCAGUGUCCUGGGUACAAUGAUUUUCAGCUCAAAUGGACUCACGGCAGAUCAUCCAGAGGACCAAAAUCCAAAGCCCUGAGAAACCAUGAUCAACCACAAUCGGCUGCAUCCAAGCACGAGCGUGACUCCUCGAUUACAGAAUCCCGCCUGGAAGACGAUUGCCAAUUGACGGGCAGAUCUCAGCCUGGAUCUAUAUCAUCGAUCGAAGAUCCAGCCACAGAUCGCUGUCUAGUAGAUGGCUAUACAUGGACUACUCUGUCUGACACGCUUUUGAUCCAUUUCAGCUGCCAUGUCGCUCCUCGAUUGACCUGGGUUGACCGACCGGAUCAUCCAUGGCGAACGGUCAUUUCGCCACUUGCAAGUCAGAAUAAUUGCUUACGCCUCUCAGUUCUGAGCCUUGCCGCUGCUCAUUUAGCGGUCACAUCACCAACCGGCUCUACGUCAGACAAUGUUCAAGUCCUCAGUCGUCGCCUUCGGGAUUCAAGUGUCCAUAUACUCAACAGAAAGAUUGGCCUUGAACUAGCAGGUUAUUCUUCAGCUACCGAAAAUCCUCUGCACAAUCUGAUGGAGAUAAUGGCAACGGCGCUUGUGCUAUGCUAUGGAGAAAUGAUGAUACCUAACUCCACUGACUGGGGCAUCCAUCUUUAUGCCUGUCGGACCCUGAUCAGAAGAUCUAUCUGGAGCACCCAACCUGAAAAGCAUUCACCAAGAAAGCACUCCGAUGCCAUAGACUUUGUUGUGAAAGAAGUCGCAGAUAUAGAAGUCUUCCGCAACAUGGGUGCUUUUGCAAGUGACCAGAUAUUUAUCGCCAAUACGUUGCACCCUGAAACAGCCAUUGAUGGCUACUUCAAAACAUUCAUGGGUGUCUUUCGUGAGAUCACGUCCGAGGAAAGACGCAGACAGCAUCUACGGCGAAUAGGCCAGCGCAUUCCCACGAUCGAUAUGGCCGUCUGGUUGACAAAGGCUAGUGAUGCCUACACACGCGCUUAUUAUGACACGGCGUGGCUCUCGGCUAUACACGAAGAUGAUUCUCGCAGGUACAUGGAAGCCACCAUCCGGGCUGUCUAUCAUGCUGUAUGCAUUUACAGUCACCAAGCCUUAGCAUCGGAUUCCGGGAAUCGAGCGCAAAUCGAACGCUCUGUCUCAUUACUAGAGCUAGAGAUUGAGUUCCUAACCACGGGGUCAGCUCAUAUGUUCUCACAUGAUAUAUUCGUGCCUCUGUUCAUCCUAGGCACAGAGUGCCGGGGGAAUCAGAUGAAACAGGAUCAAAUCGAAUGGCAGUUUAGAAAGCUUUUGUCGUCAACUGGGAUUUGGUGCAAUUCGACUGCACUUCAAUUUCUCGGGGGGUUUUGGGCAGCCUCUGGCCUUCAAUAUGUCAAUUGGAUUCAAUAUGCUCGGGAAAAUGAACAGCACAACGGGCCAUUUUUGGUUUUUUGA